AUGGUCAACACCGCCUCGGACUACGUCGACCAUGUAUUAUCUGCAAAUUUAGAUUCCACUUUUGCCUUUGAAGGCCCCGAGAAGCUCUUGGAGGUGUGGUUCUGGCCCUCGCCCAAGGACUCGCCCUCAGAAAUGGGUCUUCGCCUGAUUCCGUUGCCAAAAUGGAAAUCUGUGUUGGAUCUUGUCAAUUGCAAGAUUCUCUCCAUGAAGCUGUCUGCUGCUGUCGACGCCUACCUCUUGUCUGAGCUGUCGCUCUUCGUGUUCCCACACAAACUUGUGCUUAAGACGUGUGGCACCACAACCACGUUGGCGUGCCUUGACCAGUUGUUUGACACCGUCACAGAGCUGCUUGGGUGCAAAUUCGCUUCCAAAGAUGUGUUUCAGGUCUUCUACUCCAGAAGAUCGUUCAUGUUUCCUGAAAAACAGAAACACGUCCACACAGACUGGAAAAACGAGGUCACGUUGCUCAACUCCCACUUUGUCCAAGGCAAAUCCUACGUUGUUGGUGACUUCACCUCUGACGAUCACUGGUACUUGUACAUGGGCGGGCUGCAAGCAGGCAAGUGCCGUCCUGGGUGCAAGGACCAGACUUUCGAGAUUCUUAUGACCCAGCUUGACCCAACCAGAGCCCGUAGUUUCGUCACUUCUCGUGAACCAGGGCCUGACUCGGUUGUGACUCACUCGAGCGACGAGGAAGAGCACGAUUUGGGCCACGACCAAGGCUUGGAAACCAUGAGAGAUACAGGGCUCGAGAACCUCUUCUUGCCCUCGAGUGCUGCUCACGCCCAUGGCAAUUUUGCUCCUUCUGUGACUUCUCCCUUCCACAUGCCCUCGCCUCAGAUGAGCGAGAAUAUGGAUCUUUCCGAUGAGGAAAUGGACGAGAAGUGGGAAUUUGCUCACGAUGCGUUUGCGUUUUCUCCCUGUGGCUACUCUUCCAACUCGGUGUGCUCGAAGAAUGGGAAUGGCUUCUACUACACUUUGCACAUCACGCCUGAGCUGGGCUGGUCGUACGCUUCGUUCGAGACAAAUUUUCCCUUUCUGUCGUCGUCUCCCGUUGGAAUUGUCGACGUUUUGGUGCGUGUAUUGCGGAUUUUCCACCCGGGAAAGUUUUCUAUGACUUUGGUCAACGAAAGCGACCACGACGCCUCGGCCAGCUUCAACCAGUUGUUGCAGUGUGACGCUGUGGUGGCCAAGUUGGGCUACUCCAAGCAGGAGAAAGUGACGUACGAUUUGAAAGGCGCCUACGACUUGUUGUACUUGAACUUCGAAAAGACAGCCAAUUGA